AAACUCAAUAUACCAAUAUAAAGUACAGCAACACUAGAGUACCAAGAAAAAGUAUUUAUUUCAUCUCAAAAGCCACAUAAAUGUUUUACCUAUCAGUAUAGCAGGGGUUCUCAAACUGAGGGUUGGGACUCCUGAGGGGGUUUCGAGGUCAUUACAUGAGGGGGGAGGUCGCAGGCUGUCAGCCUCCAUCCCAGACCCUGCUUUGCCUCCAACAUUUAUUAUGUUAAAUAUGUAAAGAAGUGUUUUUAAUUUAUAAGGGCGGGGGAUCACACUCAGUGGCUUGGUAUGUGAAAGGAGUCACCAGUAUAAAAGUUUGAGAACCAUUAGACUAUAGACUAGUACAGUUUAGUGAAGACUCAGGCCAUGGCUACACUGGAGAGUUGCAGCGCUGGUGAUGGGGUUACAGCGCUGCAACUCACUCUGUGUCCACACUUGCAAAGCACGGCCAGCGCUGCAACUCCCUGGUUGCAGCGCUGGCUAUACACCUGGUCUGCCUGGGGUGUAGCGAUUCCAGCGCUGGUGAUGCAGCACUGGUCAUCAAGUGUGGACACCAACAGCGCUUUUGUUGGCCUCCAGGGUAUUAGGAUGUAUCCCAGCAUACCUUUUCAGCCACUCUGCUCAUCGUUUCACACUCCACUGCCCUGGGCUCAGGUGACCCGCCCUUUAAAUGCCCUGGGAAUUUUAAAAAUCCUCUUCCUGUUUGCUCAGCCAGGUGUGGAGUGCAAUCAAUCAAUCAAUCAAUCAGUGACCAUGCCUCCACACCCCAAACAAGCCCCAGCAUGGAACACAUCCGAGCUGCAGGGCCUCAUCAGUGUUUGGGGUGAGGAAGCUGUGCAAUCACAGCUGCACUCCAGCCGUAGAAAUUAUGAUACCUAUGGGCAGAUAUCAAAGUCCUUGCUGCUAAGGGGCCAGGAACGGGACGCGUUGCAGUACAGGGUAAAAGUAAAAGAGCUGCGCAGUGCCUAUUGCAAAGCCCGUGAGGGAAACCGCCGCUCAGGAGCUGCCCCCACGACCUGCCGUUUUUACAAGGAGCUGGAUGCCAUACUUGGGUGUGACCCCACUGCCAAUCCGAGGAGCACGAUGGAGAGUUCAGAGCAGGGAGAAGUGGGGGAGGGUGUAGAGGAAGCCGAGAGUGAGGCUACUGGGGUGGAGGGAGACACCCCGGAGUCCCAGGAGGCAUGCAGCCAGGAGCUCUUCUCAAGCCAGGAGGAGGCUAGCCAGUUGCAGCAGCUGGAACUUGUUGGUGAAGAGGAAGCAGAGGAGCGUGUUCCCGAAACCCCAGCCCUCUGGCAGUUCCCCUUCCCAGGUGAAGUCGCGGCAGAAACACUCACCUCAUUGCUCGACAUGGCUAUGCCUUCGCUGCCGUGGCCUCUCUGUGCUAUGUUAGUGACCUUGAAUAAUCCAGCCCUAUCACCGCCUGCGCGAAGGUUACAGAACUUGAGGAAAAAUCCUAGAAAAUCAAAAGAAGAUUUGAUCAAAGCAGUUAUGAAUCAGUACGUCAGAGACAGUAAGAGGCUGCAGGACUAGAGAGAGAAAAUGCAUGAGUGGAGACAAACACAGAGCAGGAGAAAGGAAUUGGCUACCAAGAAAAGCACAUAAGCCUCCUGGUUCGCCAAACUGACUGUAUGCAGUCUCUCGUAGCCAUGCAGGCAGAUCAGUACCGUGGUAACCCCCACCCCUUCCAAAGCUCUCUCCCUUGUUCCCCAGUGUUUGCACAAAACACCUUUCUCCAGCAGCCUGGUUCUUACCACCACCAGCUGCCCCAAACACCUGUACGUUCACCUACCAGCCCUGAUAACUACAACCCUUACCCUAUGCACUCAACCCGCAUCACGAUGCAGCAUAUUAAUCCUGAAGGGCAGCAGGCAUUGAACAGCAAUCCAAGCAGGACGUAUUCAUACCUCUGAAUGUACAGUCCACCACCCUACCCCCCUGCCCUUUUAUGUACUGUA